AUGGACAACUGCAAGACCGGUCUCGCGCUGCUAGACAAAGGCGACGCCUCCGGGGCGCUCAUUUCCUUCACCAAGGCUCUCAUCGAACACCCCACCUCUCCAGACUACUACAUCCACCGCUCCAAGGCUUUUGCGCGCCUCUCGCCCGGACGCUACGACCUGGCACUCAAGGAUGCGGAAUACGCAAUUCUCUUUGCCCGUCAACGUGGCUCGAGACAGAAGAUGCAAGAGGGUCAGCUGAGAAGAGUCGUCGCUUUCUACAACCAUGGCCAGUACGCGGCGGCGCAAAAGCUGUUGACCUAUAGCUCCAAGUGGGACAAUGCGCAGAUGUUCAAGAUGUGGACGGCCAAAGUCGAGCAGAAGUUGAAGACUCUUCCUGAAUCCGAAAAGGUCGAGAUCGAGGUCAAAGAAGUUCCCGAAGUUACCCUACCCACUGCGGAUCAAGCCAAAUCGAGACUCAAGAAGCAAAUCAACGCCGAUGGCUCCUUCAACCUCAGUGCCGCGGAGAGUGAUGAGUUAGUGCCUGAUGAGCCUCAAGCGGACAAGCAAGCUGCUGUAGCCUCGAGCACAACCCACAAUACAACAUCGGCUCCCGUGGUUAUCCGCCAGGAUUGGUUCCAGACUGGCACCACUGUCACAGUAACUCUCUUCGCCAAGGGUGUGGACAAGGAAAAGUUCAACGCUGACAUCCAAGAGGGGUCUCUCUACAUCUCUUUCCCCAACCCUGGCAACCCAGACUCUGAGUAUUCCUUCUCCGUGGACCCUUUCUAUGCACGUGUAGACGUCUCGCAGUCCAAAGUAAACGUCUUCAAGACCAAGAUCGAGAUCAUCCUUACAAAAAGUACACCAAAUCAGAAAUGGGGCACUCUGGAAGGCAAAGAGCCUCUCACCACAUCCAACGGGUCCAGUGGCGCUGGCGUGAAUUCCAUUCAACAGUCGGUCCCCAAGAAAGAGUCGGGUCCAGUGUAUCCAACUUCCUCCAAGACUGGCGCGAAGAACUGGGACAAGUUGGCUGCUGAUCUGACCGCCAAGCCGAAGAAGGACCAGAAAUCGAAGGCGGAUGAGGAUGGCUCAGCGUCCGAAGGUGAAGACGACCCAGGCUAUGACAGCGAUGAAGGUGGAGAUGCAGUCGAUGGCUUCUUCAAGAAGCUGUACGCAGGAUCAGAUGAAGAUACCCGGCGUGCGAUGAUGAAGAGCUAUUAUGAGAGUGGCGGUACGUCGCUUAGCACCAACUGGGAUGAAGUCGGCCAGAAGCGGGUGGAACCGUACCAGAGCAAGGACGAUUGA